AUGAGAGAAGCCAAGCAUCCAAUACGAGUAAAACAGAGAAUAGUAAUAUUGAAAAUGCAAAAGAGAAAGGUGAUCCUUUCAAAUUUAAAGGGGACUCAUGUUGCUUUACCACUUGCCCUUAGCUCCGAUCCAUCCGUAAUACCCAGCGGUGCAUCCAAAACAGCGACAGCCCCACCCAUACCAACAGGGAUACCUUCAGAAGAGGGGCCCCCGACCCCCCAACAGAACUCCAGAGGCGAAGUCACCGAGACUUCUGUGCCUCCCGAGGGGCCUCGGGCUGUUGUGCCGCAAACAGCAGCAACACCCCCGCUGAACUUGGCGGCUGUAUCGGCGCCUGCGUUGACACCAGACGUAGUGGCUGCACCCAAGGCAGCUGUAGAGCCAGCAGCACUGCCACGUGACUCGACUCCAGCGGAUUCAGCAUGCGCAACAGCAACAUCAGGAGCUGCUGCUUUGGAAGCUGCCACGGCACCAGCACCAGCGGCCUCAGCUUCCCCAGGAUCUGUCUCGACAUCUUCUGACUCAGGACCAACAGUGUUCGCAUCAGCACCUUCUUCUGCGGAAGCACAGGCGGCAGCAGUUCGAUCCACGACAGCUCCAGGCCCUUCUGGCCCCGCGUUGUCUGCAGUGGUUCAUGCUUUUAACUGUUGCAGGGGAGAGCUUUGUUUGACAGAUGUAGAACGGGUGCACAUUGAACAGUUUCUAGGGGCCUCUGGCGGUCACUGGCGGCUUGUCGCACUGCCGGAGUCGGCAUCUGUUGUGGGUCGCAAGACGAGGAAAGCAGCAGUGGCAAAACGAGGAGGCACCAGCUCAGUGGGUGCCCCAGCCAGCCACACGGCGGCUCAGGAGCGGCAGCGACGACAGUCCACGGCUAGUCAUAACAGCCUCACCGCUAGCUACCAGCCAGACCUCCCCAAGACGCGUUCCUCGCGUCUACGCACGUUGCAGUCUCUUGGCAGCGAGGGUGGUGGGGAGGGCACUUUCGAAGAAAGCCGGGGAGGCUCCAAGGGGCCCCCCAGCGGGGGCGUUCCCUGCAGCGACGCAGCUGACUGGCCACGUCGCAUGCAACGGAUCCUGUUAGAGCUCUGCAAGCAGCCCGUGUGUCUGCCCUUUUUGCCCCGAGUAUCGCCUGCAGAGGCUCAUUAUGCAGAGUUGGCGAGAAAAGUUUACCCAGCAGUGCCACUGAGUCUUGAGACCGUCUUGGAGAGGCUGGAGAACGGAUGUUAUAGCAGAAGUCUGGAGGUGUUCAAUGACGUAUAUUCCGUUUUCAUGUGCGCUUUCCGGUAUUACGAACCCGGAAAUCAGUAUUGGAUGAUGGCCCAAGAAGCUGCGCUGGCCUUUGGGGCUCUCACCGCAGGAGAACCUCUCUGCAAUGUUUUUGCACCAGCUAGCGCUAGCCAAGACCAGGGGAAUCAGGAGUGGAACAGAGCGGGAGACGACGUUUGGGAGGCGACCAGGGGCUCACACCUCAAAGGAGCGGCUAAGAUGGGAUCGCAAAAGACAAGAUCGGGUACAAACCGAGACUUUCAGUCACAGGCUGUCCGAGGAGGCAGGGGCCCCACGCCCCCUCCUGUCGCUGCAGAGGCUCCCGUAACCGUCGAGGAGCGUCAGGCCUUUCAGGAACUUCUGACGCAGAUGAACAUGGAUGCACAUUUCCAGCUGUACAACACGUUUAAGGACCGGGCAAAGUGGAUAUCCUUUGACACUGGGGAGGUCGAGCUGGAUGACGGCGCCACGCUGCCGUUCGUCUUCAGGGAGAUGGUACAGUGGUGUAGGAGCCAAGUAAUGAACGCCCAGGGUCAUACAGCUGCCAAUCAGCAGCCCUUUGGAGCAACGCAGCACGCGUAUGCCUGCAUCGUAGCGUGCAUGGCUGCUCCCUUUUUUUGGGCGUAUAAUUCGCCAUACUGCGAACAACGACCUCAAACAACCUAUGGGUCUAUUUCCAUGUUGUGUUUACAUGGGCCACCGGCGAAACGGUUUAGGACCUCUGAUGGCAGCGCCUCCUCCGACUCCUCUGAUGAUUUGAGCGACGAAGACUUUUAA